UAACUCUGUUGUGAGAGGGAUUCUAUGACACAGGUUCUAAUCUUUCUUUAUGUAGACACGUCAUGUUAGUGUUUCUUAUCGGUCUUAUUUGUUAAUUUAAGAAAGCCUGGCUAAACUGGUUCCUUCUGUUUAAAGCACAAGUUCAUUUUGGGUUCGGGAGAAAGAGGGGAGGCAUGUGUUUUUACAUUAACUUUGGUGCAUCCAACUGAGGGCCUGGGUGAAUGUGGGAGAGGUGCCAGCUCAAAUCUCCUUGCCUUGGAGUUUAACAGUUAGGUCUGGAUCCCUAACACAUUGGGGAAUCUCCGGUGGUGACAGUAGAAACAUGGGGCAGGGAAUAGACCAAAUGGUCCAUUGGACCCACUCCACCACUCAACAGCUGGGCCUCUCUGUCAAAGCCAUUCUCCUGCUCUCUCCUCACAGUUUUCUAGAUUUGGUCAAGAGUUCUGGGCAUGGAGUCGGUGUCUAGCAGGGCUGCACUGGAACACAGUUUAAUGACACGUAUCACGCCAAGUCUUUCAUGUUGUCUUGCUGAGAAUCGGCUUUUGCAUUCAGAGUGAGAGAUUCAUGUAGCUGAUUAUUACUUCAAAGGCGUCAGUACUGUAAUUUACAACGAUAAGCUCAGCUCCCUGUGCAUUCGCUGCUGCUGGGGGAGCGUGCAUAGUUCGCAACGAGCGUGAACGGGAUUGGAAGAACAUUUUGCACGGUCGGUGCUCCCAGCAGAGGGACGGCUACCGGGCACAGCAAGGGCUCGGGGUAUUUUCAAAGCGCGCACCCGGCUCUGCGCUGCGGAAAACAAGGGUUAAAUUCGCUGGAAGUGAGUUUCUGGCUGCAGAGGCGGAGUGGUGAGGUUGCAAGCCCAAGGGGCGGGUUCCGGCCCGUUUGAUGUGCGGGGCUGGCCGAGAGAAUGAAUGGAUGCGCAGACAGCUUGCACCAUCCCCGCCGGGCUGCGGACAGAGUGAGAGCCGCUCGCUGAGGGCGGAGGGAUGCACAAGGCACGGCGAGCCCUGUGUGCCUGAGCCCGCUGCUGAAAUGAGUCCGUGUGGGCAAUGGGCGCAAUCGAGGGGGGGUUUGCAGCGCUGGAUGUUACAGCAAAGAACCUUUACGUAAGCGACGAGGCUGCCCCUCCUGAUCAUCCCAGUGCUGCUGCUGCUGCGGGCAAAUCGAAAGCCAGUGCAUUUUGUGUGUUAGACGGGAGAAGGUGCUGCAGACCCCGGGGGAAACCAUGCAGCUGAUGCUCUGGGUAAAAGGGCUGCUGAGUCAACUGCUUGUAUUUAUACCUCUUACUCGAGAAUUGCGUUUACAUCCUCAACAAGAGAGCUUCGUCAGGCAGCUGAGCUCCUAUGAGAUUACCUCUCCGAGGCGCCUCAACGAUUUCGGCGAGGCUUUCCCGCACACCCAUCACUUCAGGAGGAGGAAGCGGAGCCCGGACUCGGAACCCUGGGCCUCCCGGACUCACUACCAGCUCCACGCCUUCGGGCAGCUCUACCGACUCAACCUGAGCGCUCACUCGGACUUCAUCGCCGCCACGUACCGGGUCAGACACUUGGGCAGAGCGGAGCCGGGCAGCCCGCACCCUGACUCGGACCUGAAGCACUGCUUCUACAGCGGGCAUGUCAACUCCGAGUUGCGGCACACCGUGGUGGUCAGCCUGUGCACUGGCAUUAUGGGCACUUUUCAGACAUCUGAUGGACAAUAUUUUUUGGAACCGCUCAUGAAACCAGAUGGAGGGCAAUAUGAAGAUGAGCACAAUAAACCACAUAUCAUAUACAAGCCUGGAGCACUGAAUAGUAAUCCUUUGGGAAAAACUUCUCAUCCAUGUGCAACGUUCGACCAAUAUCAUCAAAGGAAGAAGAGACUUGUGAAGAUGCACAAAGCUAGCAGUUUUAGAGAGCACCUCGAUAUCUUACAGACUGCGAUUAGACCGACACAUCCUCAGACUGAAGAGACCUUGUUGGGCAAUGCCACCCAGCAGCAUUCAAGACAAAAACGCUUUUUGUCAUAUCCAAGAUUUGUAGAGGUCAUGGUCACUGCUGACAACAAAAUGGCGCAACAUCACGGGAGGAAUUUGCAGCACUACAUUUUAACACUUAUGUCAAUAGUAGCUGCAAUCUACCGAGACCCCAGUGUUGGAAACCUCAUCAACAUUGUUAUUGUGAAGUUAAAUGUGAUUCAUAAUGAACAGGAAGGACCAUCCAUCAGUUUUAACGCAGCUACAACUCUUCAUAACUUCUGUGUGUGGCAGCAGACACAGAACAUCCUGGAUGAUGCGCACCCGUCCCAUCAUGACACUGCAGUCCUCAUCACUAGGGAAGACAUUUGUAGAGCUAGAAACAAGUGUGAUACUUUGGGAUUAGCAGAACUUGGUACAAUGUGCGAUCCAUAUCGCAGCUGCUCCAUUAGUGAGGAGAACGGUCUAAGUGCUGCCUUCACUAUAGCUCACGAAUUGGGACAUGUGUUCAACAUGCCUCAUGAUGAUAGCUUCAAAUGCAAAGAGGCAGGAAUGAAACAUCAGUUCCACGUGAUGGCUCCAACCUUGAACUACCAUACCAGCCCAUGGACCUGGUCCAAGUGUAGCCGUAAAUAUAUCACCGACUUUCUGGACACUGGAUAUGGAGAAUGCCUGCUUGAUGAGCCAGUAACAAGGAGCUAUGACCUUCCAGCCCAGUUACCCGGUCAAAUCUAUGAUGUGAACAAACAAUGCGAACUAAUGUUCGGUGCUGGGUCGCAAGUUUGCCCGUACAUGAAACAAUGUAAGCGUCUGUGGUGCACGAGUGUGGAAGGGGUACACAGAGGUUGCCGGACACAGCACAUGCCACUGGCUGAUGGAACUGAUUGUGGUCAUGGAAUGCACUGCCGGCAUGGAAUCUGCGUGAACAAAGAGAUGGCAGCGAGGCCGGUGGAUGGAGAGUGGGGACCCUGGGGAUCAUACGGAGCAUGUUCACGAACAUGUGGUGGAGGGAUAAGGAGUGCAGUAAGAGACUGCAACAAGCCAGAACCCAGAAAUGGUGGGAAGUAUUGUGUGGGUCGCAGAAUGAAAUUCCGAUCCUGUAACACAGAGCCUUGUCCGAAGGGAAGGAAGGACUUCAGGGAAGAGCAAUGCUCAGAGUUUGAUGGGAAGCAUUUUAACAUCAAUGGCUUGCCGCCAAACGUGCGCUGGCUUCCAAAGUACAGUGGCAUUCUGAUGAAGGAUCGGUGCAAACUUUUCUGCCGUGUGGCUGGAACUACAGCAUAUUAUCAACUCAAAGACCGUGCCACUGAUGGUACUCCUUGCGGGCCUGAUACAAAUGAUGUCUGUGUGCAAGGCCUGUGCAGGCAAGCUGGAUGUGAUCAUGUACUGAAUUCCAAAGCAAGGAGGGAUAAAUGUGGAGUGUGUGGUGGAGAUAAUUCCUCAUGUCGGACUCUGGCUGGCACUUUUAAUAAUGCACAAUAUGGAUAUAACAUAGUAGUAAGAAUACCUUCAGGAGCAACUAAUAUUGAUGUACGGCAGCACAGCUAUUCAGGGAAGCCAGAAGAUGAUAACUACCUUGCCUUAUCUGACAGUCGAGGUAAUUUCAUCCUGAAUGGAAACUUUGUGGUGAGCAUGUUUAAACGAGAAAUAAAUGUACAGGGAGCCACAAUUGAAUACAGUGGCUCAGACAAUGAUGUGGAGCGCAUUAACUGCACUGAUCGGAUUGAGGAAGAGCUGAUUUUGCAGGUUUUAUCUGUUGGAAAUUUGUACAAUCCGGAUGUUCGUUAUUCUUUUAAUAUACCCAUUGAAGACCAACUGGAGAAGUUUGUGUGGGAUCCAUAUGGUUCAUGGCAACAGUGUAGCCGACUGUGCCAAGGGGAACGGAGGAGAAAGGUGGUUUGUGUGCGUAAGAGUGAUCACUUAGUUGUUUCUGACCAAAGAUGUGAACAUUUACCUCGCCCAGUCCCUGACAUUGAGCCGUGCAACACAGAAUGUGAAGUAAGGUGGCACACAGUAGGUAAGAGCGAAUGUACGGCACAGUGCGGACCAGGCUACAGAACGCAAGACAUUCGCUGCAUGAAGUAUACCCACGGCAAAGGACCCAGUGAGUCAAUAGACGACAGAUACUGCAGGGAUCAGCCAAAACCUCCCAGCAGAGAGCCCUGUCAUGGUGACUGUCACAGAACCAGUUGGCAUUAUACAUCCUGGUCACAGUGUUCAAAAACCUGUGGCGGUGGAACACGGACCCGGGAAGGGUACUGCAUGAGCAACCUUGGCAGACACCUUGUUAACCAAGAGUGCAAUGAGCAUCAGAAUGUUGUAUCGCAGAUUUGCAAUGAAUUUCCCUGCCCUGAAUGGACGGCCAGUGAAUGGAGCGAAUGUCUCGUGACGUGUGGAAAGGGCACAAGACAUCGACAAAUAUCAUGCCUACUGAAUAAUGAACAACUGCAGGAUGACUUUUGCAAUCCAAGUAUCAAACCAGAGGCUGUCGGAACCUGUGAGCUGCAGGAGUGCGCGUCAUGGCAAGUUGGGGUGUGGGGCCAGUGUGCUGCUACUUGUGGACAUGGAUACCAAAUGCGUGCAGUGAGGUGUGUAGUAGGUGCUUAUGGUGCAGUUAUAGAUGACAGAGAGUGCAAUGCUGCAACUCGUCCAAGGGAUAGCCAGGAGUGUGAGAUGCCUCCUUGUUUGGAGCCAUCGAAGAUAGUCACGACCACAAGCCCAGCUGUUCAAAGAGGGAUGAUGACCCAAUGGAGAUAUGGAUCCUGGACUCCUUGCUCAGUUACCUGUGGGAAAGGAGCACGUGCUCGCUACGUCAGCUGCAGAGAUGCUCAAGGCGGCAUUGCCGAUGAAUCUUUCUGUGCCCACUUGCCUCGCCCUCCUGAGACAAUGACGUGCUUCAGUCCCUGUGGACAAUGGCAUGCUGGGGAAUGGUCACCCUGUUCUGUCAGUUGUGGUUCUGGGAGGGUCACUCGUCAGGUUGUUUGCACUAGCUACCACCAUCAAAUCACGAUCACGGAUGAUAGUGACUGCAAUGCCAUAGGGAAACCGCCUCAGGAGCAAGAAUGCAGUAUGCCCCCGUGCCCCCCGACGUAUCACCAACAUGACUACCCUGCACAGUUCCCACAGCGCGAUUAUCCACAAACCCAUGCGGACUAUCCCUCCCAGGACGUGGCUGGUCAAAAUACGUGGAACAGCCCAUCACGGGGGAGUCAGUGGCGGACAGGACCUUGGGGAGCAUGCUCGAGCACUUGCACAGGUGGAUUUCAGCGACGGGUCGUCGUCUGCCAAGAUGCAGAAGGACGGCCUGCCAACAACUGUGACGAAAGAGUGAAGCCAGCAGAGACCAGGCACUGCGAUGCUGGAACAUGUCCUCAUUGGAAUUAUGGCAACUGGGGUGAGUGUACACAACCAUGUGAUGGUGGGACAAGAACAAGGCUGGUCAUCUGUCAACUGCCAAAUGGUCAAAGACUGAAUGACCAAAACUGUGACAUCUUGGAAAAGCCUCCAGAUAGGGAACAGUGCAACAUGCAUCCUUGUCCUGGUGGUGUUUUAUGGCAUCGAGGACCAUGGAAUUCGUGUUCUGUAAGCUGUGGAAAGGGCACCAAGCAACGGGAUGUCCAUUGCAUUGACAUGAAGCAGGUAGCUGUGGAUAACAGUUACUGUCAGCACUUGAAGAAGCCUCGAGUCAAUAAACAGUGUAGAGCAGGCCGAUGUCCAGCCUGGAAGGCCACUCGAUGGAAGGAGUGUUCGGUGACCUGUGGAGUAGGAUAUCAGCAGAGGGAGGUCUUCUGCCGGCUGAAGGGCGUAGGUCGAAUAAGCGAGGAGACGUGCGAUCCAUUCUCUCAGCCAGCCGGCACACAGCAGUGCCGGCUGCCUGACUGUCUGCACUAUGAAUGGCUUGCAGAUGAAUGGGAAGAUUGUUCUGCAUCAUGUGGUCAAGGUAUACAAACCCGCAAGGUGCUUUGUGUCAAUCAUAUUCAGAAAGAAGUGGAAGAAAGCUACUGCAACCAUUCAGCAAGACCUCCUUCCAUGCAAAACUGCAUUAUUGCAGCUUGUGAAUACAUAUGGAUUACAGGGGAAUGGUCACAGUGUUCAACAAGCUGUGGCCCAGGAUAUCAGCAAAGGAUGGUUUACUGCACUGAGGUCCACUCUGGCCAAGAUCAUUAUUCAUAUGACCUACCAUCAACAUCAAUCAGUGGAUGCCCUGGUCUACCACCUCCCAACAUACAUGAAUGUAACAUCAGAGAGUGUCGUCCAAUAGCCAGCUGGAGGGUGGGAGCUUGGAGCAAGUGCUCAGUGACCUGUGGUGUUGGGAUAAUGGAGAGGAAAGUGCAAUGCUUGACUGAUAACAGUCAACUUAGUGAACUGUGUCUUCCAAAUCAAAAGCCACAAUCCCAGACUCCUUGCUUCAAUGAUGCUUGUGAUGUUUCAGCAAGUUGCAGUGAUAUCCAGAAGACAAACGAAGUCCAAAAGGAUGGAGAGUACCUGCUAAAAAUUGAAGGCAAAAUAAUAAAGAUAUAUUGUGCAGGAAUGCAUUCCGAUUAUCCCAGGGAAUAUAUCACUUUAUUGAGUGGAGAGGCCGACAACUACUCUGAGGUCUAUGGCUACAGGCUGCACAAUCCUUAUGAAUGCCCUUAUAAUGGAAACAGAAGGAAAGACUGCUCUUGUAAAAAUGACUACCUGGCAGCUGGAUACACUGUGUUUCACAGAAUCCGCUUUGAUAUUAGCACAAUGCAGAUUAUAAUUACAGAUUUGCAUUUUGCUCAGACAGUGCAUGGAAGGUCAGUGCCAUUUGCGACAGCAGGAGAUUGUUACAGUGCUGCCAAGUGUCCCCAAGGACAGUUUAGCAUUAACCUAAGUGGUACUGGCCUGAAAAUAUCAGAAGCAUCAAAAUGGAUUGCACAGGGAAAUUACGCUACAGUCAAUGUACACAGAUCACCGGAUGGCACAAAGGUUUAUGGAAGAUGCGGUGGCUACUGUGGAAAAUGUGUUCCUCAAACAAGUACUGGUCUUCUGAUGCAAGUCCAGUAAAGACUUGGUGUGAUGUGAUGUUUGCAGAAGUUAAAGGAAAAAGUUAACCCACUGUGUGGAAUGGGACCUGACUGGAGGCAAUUCAUCACUAUGGAGAUAAUGAACCAGCACAAAUUCCAGCAACCUUUAGGAAUUAAUGUUCAUUGCCUCAUCAAUGGCAGCUAUUAAGAGUGCAAUGAUUCUUUUAUUAGCUUGCUAGUUUCCCUGCCAUGUUAAAGUCCAGGUCAGACAGUUUGAACAUCAAGGAAUAUCUGAAAUUGCUUAUAUGCCCCUGGUACAGGAUAGGAAGGGAAGAGUGCUCAUGGCAUUGUUUUGAGAAACCAAAUGUUUUGCAAUGCUUAAUGUUUUGCAGUGGCUGUCUGGGCAGAUUCGAUUUUCCAAUCCUGGCUGCUAUCCCUAAACAUCACCCUCCUCUCCCUGUUAACUCUGAAACCGUCACAUUAAUAGAACAUACCACAUCAGUGACAAUGUCGUAUUACCGAAUGGAAGGUAUCUUUUUGAAGGAGUGAAAUUAAGACAAUGAUGGUGUUUAAAAGAUUUGAGCUUCAACUUCCCGAGUCUGUUAUUUUGUGUAAACAUACAAGUUAAAAAUAAGUGUAUUAUACUAAAAUGAGAAAAACCUUGACAGUGGUAACAUUACAGGUGCUAAUGUUUAAAACAUCAACUCAGUCACUGUCUCUGCUGUCUCGCUGCUUAAUGCAAGGCAGCAACAACAUGUUGUCCUGGUGAUAUUGCUACCUGUAUAACAGUUUUGACUUUGCUGGGAGCAGUACUUUGCACCCAUUUAAAGUGCAUGAGGUUCAGUUUGCUGGUCUGACUGCCACUUCAAAUCACAGAAAAGUAUUGUAAAUAACGCAGAUCACCUGAACACUUGCUAAUGCAAAGAAGUUGGCUUUAUAUGGGUUUUGGGCUUACUGGAAUGAGUUGCCAGAGGAAGUGGUGGAGGCUUAUACAAUUACAUCAUUUAAAAGACAUCUGAAUGGGUA